ACAAAUCCUAAAAAAAAAUAAAAAUUAAAAAAAAAAAAUAAAAACCCUGGAAACAUUUGGCCCUAGAUUCAACCCAAUUGGAUAGAGUGUACACCCGUUUGUGACCUCACACCCGAAAUAGUCUUGACACUUAUCUGCGACUUUUUCGUCGCAUACCGAGAUAUAUAUAUAGCUAUAUAUCUCCCGACGCGAGCGGAACUCUUAUCAAAUCAACGGUCGGUCGGUCGGCUAUAUACGCGAUCCGCCAUAACGAAGUGGACAAACAAAAUCCAAUAUAAUGCCCAUAUACCCCAGUUAUAUAUAUGGUGCAAAAAAGUAAACAAAACCGAAUUCAACUUGGCUAAAACAAACCUGUCGCCGCUCCACUCGCAGUCGGAGUCAGCUGCUCCAAUCGCCAGUCGGGAUUGUCGACGGUUUGGCCUUUUUGAAGAUGGAGCAAGGUGAUCGGCGGGCGGGCGAUGGCAAUUAGCGGACUGAGUUCGUGUGGCAAACACCUGAGCAGCAUAUUGCCCGAAAAGUGAUUGAUAAUCGUCGUUCGUAACUGCAAACAGAAAUAACAAGCCAAGCGAAAAUCAAAUUGUGUGUGCCUGAAGCGCUGGAUGCGCCCCUACAUCUGCCUCAUGGAGCUGCCAAUCAACCGACCUGGAAGCGGGAACCUGCUGCUGGGACUCACCUCCGUGGUGGGUCUCAUUGGAGGCGCCUAUCUGCUGCAGUGUGGCGCCCAGCAGCUCUUGGGCAAACUAGCCAAUAAGAAGUGGAGGAAGGAGGAGUCCAGCAGCGAGGAUCACGCCUGCAACGUCUGCUGUGCGGACCUGGAUCUGAGCAGUGCCAAAAACUACGUGACAUGUUGCACCUGCGGAAAAUCGGUUUGCCGCGGGCCGAAAUGCGCCGACUGGCGGCCCAAGGACGCCAAGUGGGAGUGCCAGCUGUGCCAGAGCUCCAAGGAGUCGCUGGCCCACACCUCCUCGUGGGUGGCCGAGCAAAUGUCCUUCAACCAGCACAAGUUUGUCUAUCCGAUGAGGGCCAGGAGCGAGGUGUACAUACCGAUUGUGGGCGAUGGCAACGACAGCAGCAUGCAGUUCGAGAGCGUUAGCCAGAUUGGACAAACCGCCCACAUGGACGAACGGGCCAAGAUCCGCGAGUACGUCGAGGAGAUUGUGGCCGAAAUGCUGGGCGGCAAUUUGGACCACGUCAAAGUGGGGCAGCUGUCCAAGAGUGAGAACUACUUGCAACUCUUUGAUAAAUUCCAUGCGAAGCUGAGUAACCUGCUUAUCAAUGUGGAAAACAGUUUGUGGGCGCGUGCGCUCAGGGGAGAUCUGCCGGCCAUCGUAAAUGGCCACACCAACAAUAAUAAUAACAACAACCAUGCGGACUCCGAGCUGGCCGACCUCUCGCAGACCCGACUACGCAGUCUCAUCGAGACCAUCAUAGCGGAGACCCUGCGGAGCUCCUCCCUCAGCGCCAGCGGAGCCGUCUCGGAGAUCAGCCUGGACACCAGGUCCCACGCCUCCGAGCUGGCCAAUGGCAACGGUCUGAAGCGGCGCCAUCGCUCCGAGCACUACUUCGAGCCGAAGAUCUACCAGGAUCUGCUGGCCACAGCGGUGCUAAAUAAGAUUGCGGAUAAGGAAGGGAAUACAAGGCUGGCGGCGGAGAGUACGCCGGACUUGAGUGGUCGCCACAUUGACGAGAAUUUCAAUGCCGAAGCGCUGAGCACCACGUCCGGAAGCUCCAUUGAACCACGGAGUGAUUGCAGCCUCACCGAUCAUGAAAUCGGACUGGAUAAUGGCAAAUCCCAAUCCCUGCAAACGGACUUGGAGAGGGAAUCCGUGCUUAGUGACUAUAUAGCCGCACACAUGGUGCCACUGCCGGACUUUUCAGCAUCCGUCACCGAAUCCGAGGAUGAUAUUGGAUCCAUCUCCUCGGGCAUGAUCGGAGACGGAAACUGGGAGGACAACUGGCUGUUCAAGAAGAAGCGCAGCUCGGCCACUCCGAGCAGCAUUGGCAUGCUGGUGCCGGCGCCGAGGGAGAAUGUACGUGCCCAGAUUGGGGAUAAGACCACCGACGAGGUGAGCGAUCUCUCGGAGAUAGGUUCGGACAUCGAGGAGAGCUCUCUGGAUCUGCUGCGCUGCAACGAUCUCAACGAUCGUCUGCUGAGCAAGCACCUCAUUGGUGGCCAAAACACCAAGAUGGUCCUCGACGAGCUCGUAGAUCGCACCAGUCUCACGUCCCACACAUUGCCGGAGGAGAAUGAGCCCGCAUUCACGGAGACAACCAAUGAGUUUGUGGUGUCCCCGAUGGCCAUGCCCUCUGAUAUAAAGGCGCCGUCUCCGACGCCACCUCCGCCACCAAUGAUAUUCCAGGAUGACUUGUUGAACGAGGAGACAGACCACACUCCCAUCGCAGCCCAAGGCGAAUCCGAGGAGCUGUCCAGCCUCGAUGGCUGCACUGGCUUUAGCACAGUCGAGUACAUCGAUGAGGGCCAGAUGCACGAUACUGUGCCAUCGGUGAUCGAGAUCUUGGCAGCCAUGGCCCUGGGACCCAUGCUAGCUGUUCCGGCAUCUGAACAGCCCGGUGCCAUGACACCCAGUGAGAUGCACACCCUCAAAGAACUGAGUGACUUGGCCCUCGCCGAGAUCAACGCUCGCACCGUGGACCUGGUGCACGCCCACUCACUGGACAUAAUUGAAGAGGAGAACACGGAACCUUCAGAAGCUGGGCCAGAGCAACACCUUGACUUUGUCCCACAUCCAUCGCUCGAAGAGAUUACAACUUCUGACCAAGCGGAUGUGCUUCCACCUCCUCCACAAUUAAAGCUAAUAUCUGAGAUUGUACUGCCGCCGCCUAUAGAAAUGGUCCAAGAUAUCAAUUCUAUGGAACCUCAAUGUUCUGCAGCAAGUGCCCCUGAUUUAGAGAUUCCAGGACAGACUGCGCCUGUGGAAAUUGUUCCGGAGAUGAAAACUGAUGUAGAGUCCGUGCAGAUUGUCCCAGAAAUAACACCUCCUUUGGAUAUUGUACCAGAAGACCAAUCUAACGUGGAAUCAAAUCAAGUAGUUCCAACAACAGAAUCUGAUGUUGUUCAUGUGCCAUUGCCUGUGGAAUCUGGUCCAGAAAUACCAGUGCCCAUUGAAAUCGUACCAGAUCCCGUGGUAAUGGUUGACUCCGAACUACACUCAGUGGAUCCACCAGAAGUUAUAAAUGUCGCUUUGCUGGACUUGGAACCGCUAAAGCCUUUGGAUUGCGAUGAAACUGAAACUGUGCCAACUCUAGAAGGAGAAGGAGUGGAUGAAGGCCCCGUAACCAACUUGGUUCCAGGUGAUCCCACAGCAAGUUUACCAGAACAAAUUCCGGAAAUGAUUGCAGAUCCCAUAGCAGAGGCACUUCCUGAUCCUAGUCCCAUACCUGUCCCAGUGGACAAUGGUACACAAUUGGAUGAACUUGGAACAAUUGAAGCUGAUUCACAUACUACAUCAGUCCCAAUGGAAACCGUUUCUGUAGUGGAACCCCAAGUGCCUGUAGAAACUGACGCCGUAACUCAAUCUGAUCCUGUGAACUUACUCGAGCCGCUGGAUAAUGUUUUAGAGAUUCCACCUUCCCCAGUGCCAAUAGGUUCAGAGCCUCCAAAUAUUGCAGCCGAUUCAUCGCCACCUUUAGAAGUUGCAGAGCCCGUGGAAUCAACUCCUAUAGAAGUUGCUACAGUGGAUUCACCACAAUCUGUAGAGACGGAACUACCAACGGCCGUGGAAAGUCUAGUCUCAGUAGGAAUGCUUAAAGACGGUGAAUCUGUUGAUGUCAUAAUAGGAACUGACUCUAUCGUAGUAAGCCAGCCACAAGUUGAAGAAGCUUCUGUGGACAUAGAAGAAAAUCAAACAGUGGCACUAGUUGUCAAUGUUUCAGAAUCGCAAGCAAUUGCAGUAGAAGCCGUAUCGACAAUUGAAACGAUAAGUCCACCACUUCCAACUGAAAUUGACGUUCCAGUAAAGUCCAUUGACGUGGAAACUUCAGAGUCUCCAGGAGCUACAGAACCUGCCUCAGUUGAACCAUCAGAGCCCGUGGAUAUUGUUUCGGAAAUACACAAUGUUCCAGUUAACUCAUCUGAUCACUGUGAAUCGGUCCCUGAAGCGAAUGUGAAUAUACCACCUAUGGAAGUAGUUCCACUUGAGAAUAGCCCGUCCAUGAAACUUCAAGACGAAUUACCUCAAACAUUGGAAUCUAGUGCAGUGGACCCCCCAGCAGCACAGCCCGUUGCACUUGAUCCCUUACCGGUUACAGAAGUAGGUCCGGACGUAGUUCUUGUGGAACCCCCAUCGUUUGCGGAAACUGAUCCAGAAACAAUGGCAAUUGACAACCAUGUUCCUAUGGAAAUUAAACCUGAACCAGAAUGUAGCACAAUAGAAAAUCCAACACCUAUCGAAAGUUUAGCUGAAGCGGAGUCCAUCGAUGUGAAAAACCAAAUUAAUCAUAUUGAACAGCAAACCAUACCAGAAGAACCACAACCGACAGUCCCAAUGAAUACUAUACAACCUAUUGAAUUCAUUGAAGAAGUAGCAUGCAACGCUGUAGAUUUGAUAGCCACCACUGAAGCUGUUAAUGUUGAUCACUCGGAGCCUGGAGAAGCAGCUCCUAUAAGCGAAGUGCUGGAAUUCCAUAGUUCUGAAGGAGAUCUCCCUGAAGCGGACUCUCACGCAAUAGAAUCAUUACCACCACCAGCGGAAGUGAUACCUACAGUAUCUGCAGAAUCGCUGUCUCCAUCUGAACCUGUUGAGGUAGUUUCUCCAUCUGCUAUUGUAUUGGAUAUCCAAUCCCAAUUACCGGAACAACCGGAGCCCAUGGAAAAUGCAACUCAAAUUGAAAUUGAGGAAAUGGUAUCCCCAGCACUCGUGGAGAUUGUUCCUACCACAACAGAAGAUUUACACCAAGCUGAAUCCGUAGUGGAGACCGCUUGUCCCGUUCCAGCAGCAGAAGAAGUGAAACCCAUAGAAGAUUCAACAGCUGCUAUAGAUAAGGCACCACAGAUAGCACCUAUUCAAGAUGAACAUUCGGAAAAGGAAACUCCAGAGUCAGUGGAAGUGGGUUUGGACACACCAAAUGUGGCUUUUGUAAUAACCACGUCUGUUGAAGUAGUUCCUACGGCUAUGGAAGCUGUCACUAUCCCUACAUCAGAUGGAUCACCAACAGAAAUGCCUGAACCCCCUAAAAGUGAUUGUGAGACUGCACCUCUGGCAGCUGAAGAACAAGAACCAAACGAAGCUCUAGAUAAGCAACCGAUCACUGCUGAUAUCACACUUCCUGAAGAAAUUGUUUCUCAAGAUGUUAAUCUUGAAGUCUCCGAACCGCCAGCAUCAAUAGAUGUUAAAUCCCAGGCAAACCUCAACGACAUGGAAUCUAAAGAAGGUUUAGAAGUUGCUGUAGAUGUACCACAAUCUAAUAAAGAUGAAACACUGGCGGAACCCAUCGCACUGGAUGAUGCAGUACCUGUAGAAGUUGUUCCCCAAUAUGCAGGGGUCGAAGUAGAAGUAUCAGAUCUAGAAGAAGCAACGCCUGCGACAAAUAAUUCAACUUCAGGUGAAAAUCCACCGGAGGCAGUGUCAGAAUUGGUUGAUGUAGAACCUACACCGCAUGAGGAAAUACAUACAGAAUCCGGUAAAAAAGAUUCCCAAAAAAGUACUGAUGCAGUGGAUUUACGUGAAGAUCCCCUACCGGUUGCAGCAGAAGUUGCUCCAGACAUAAUUGCCUUAGACCCCCCAUCGCUUGUGGAAGUUAGCCCGGAUACACAAGCAAUGGCAAUAGGAAACAUUGCUCCUUUGGAUAUUAUUCCAGAACCAGAACCCAUCGUCAUUGAACAAACAGUACCUGUGGAAAAACUGGAGUCUAUCGUAGUGGAGAGUGAGCCUGUAGCAAUUGACCAGCCAGCGCUGUUGGAACCAUCCGUUUCUGCAGAAGUCCAAGAUAAAGUUGAACCAUCUCCGCAAUCAGUUGUAGAAAACAAAUCCGUCGAAGAGGAUUCACUAAAAGUUAGUAAAGGGGGAGAAAUAGUUUCAAUGGAUCCUAUUACGCCUGCAGAUGUGGUUCCUGAGCAGAAUUUCCGCGUUGAGGAACCAAUACCUUCUACUGAAGCCAUCUCAGUUGAAGUAAUAGCUUCUGAACCAUUCAAUACAGUGGUUGAAUCAGUUUCAGUGGCUCAAUCGCCAACUAUUGAAGAUACAACGCCGGAGGAAGUGACUCAAUCUGUGGCCGUGGAUACAACAGAUACCGAAGUCGCAUUGGCGGAUCCCAUCCAAGUUGAUCAAAAGGAACCAGCUGUUCAGGUCGAACUCGUUUCUCAAAUCGAAACUAGCGAUCCACAAGAAUCACCAAAAGAUACUGCGCAGGUCGAAGGUGAUUCAGUGGAUCAGGCAACCCUUCCGCAAGUUUCAGAGACAGAUUCUAUCGCAGUGGAGCCAUCUAUUCCUGUCAAGCAAAACGAAGAUUCCGUAGGGGAUCCACUAGGAAGUGCAGAGAAUGUGUUAGACGUGGGACCUGUUGAUGUGGAUAAAUCGGCCCCUGAGGAAAUUUCUGGGACUGAUUCUGUCGCAGUGGAACUGUCGGAUCCUAUGGAGCGAACCUUAGAUUCUUUAGGAAACACAGAUUUGGUGGCAGAGACAGAAUCUGCAGGCGCAGAUACUGAAAUCUGUGUGGACCCAAGCACUCCUGCAGAAUCUGUGUCAGUUAAUGAAGGCCCAGAAAUCAAUCAACUGGAAAUAGGAACAUCCGAGUUGAAGGAGGAGCAGUUGGUAGAAUCGACGACCAUCGAUGAACAACCAUCGGCUGUUUUGGAGCCCUUAGUUUUGAUUUGCCAAGCGGAAUGUACAAAUCUGGAUCAUGCACUACCAGAGAACCUUGUUCCUCAAGAACAAUCAGUUCCUACAUCGUUACCAACUAAUUUAACCAUACAAACACAACCUACGGACUUGAAGACUCAACCAUCUACGGAACCUAUUCUAGAAACGGAAACUGUGGAUGUAGAAGAGGUGAAGCCAGUUAAGAUGGGAGAUUCAACAGUAGAUAAGUCGCAGGAAACUGAGGAAAUGGUUUUGGAAGUGGAGAGCUCCAAGGGGGAACCUUUAGAAGCUACCGAGUUAGUCACUCCGGAGCCAGUUGUGUACGGAGUACCUAAUUCCGAAACGGAAUCUACCUGUGCAGAUUCAAUGAUAUCUGCUAACUUGGUUCCACAACUAGACUCAGUUCCUUUGUCUGAACCAGAGAAUUCUGAACCGCAUGCUUUUGAGAACCCCAUUCCAGAAUCAGUUUCAAGCACUGAGAAUUUGCUAGAUCCUGCACAAGUUCUUUUACAAGAAGAUCCUGUCGAUAUGGAAAACCUACCGGGCGUGCCAAUUGUUCCUGAUGUACAGGCCCUUGAAUUGGUACCCUCUCCUGUCGGAGUCACUACUCAAUCUGCAGAUACAAACGCCAUAGUUCCUGUGGAAACUAUUAUGAAACCAGAAACGGAAGCUCCAUCGCCUAUGGAUGUUGAAACUACUCAAGAUUUACCAGCUGAAGCAUUGGAACCCCAAGAGUCCGUGCCUGUAGCACCAGCAAUACCAGUGGAGGUUGUUACUGAAACAGUACAUCUCACAGAGGAAACCAAAGAUGAGAUGGGAAAAUUGGAUGCAGAACCAGCCAUCCCAGUGGAAAUCGUUCCAGAAGAACAACUUCUAUCAUCAAGAAAUAACGUUCUAGUGGAAAAAGAUACUUCAUCCGAACCAGUUGAAGCUCAUUCAGAUACAGUAUCUAUUCCAGUGAGUGUGGACACCGUGGAUCAAAAGGAGAGUAACGCUAGUGAGGAAGCGCAGUUUGGUGAAGAUAUUUUAAAGAACGAUGAUGUAAUAUUAGAAUCAGUAACUGCGAAUGCGGAUUUAUCAAGCGGUGCCCAACUUGCCAGUAUAGACCAAGAAUUAAAGGAUCCGGGAACAGAAGGUAUACACAAACAUACAUCGGUAGACUCCACCAAUGGCGAUUGCUUCGCCUUGGGGAAAGCCAGCACCCACAAGUAUCUGCGAAGACAGCCCAACAUUCGAGACACACCACCGAGCGAUGCAGACUCACCCAAGAAAUCCGAGCCGGUCAACCUCUUCGGGACCAUUUGCAAGUUUUACAUAAAAGACAAGCGACUGCUGGCCACAAUCGAACGAAGGCGCCGCCGCUCCUUGAUCAUGCACAAGUACCUCAGCUCCUUCGAUUCCCUGGAUGACAGCAUAGACGAAGUUGCGUAUGAUUCCCAUUCUAGCCUCUUUGAGGAACUGGACGAAGUUAGCUUAGAUUCCUCCAAGGACAUUCAACCCCCAACGGGCAGGGCAGCAACUCCAGUCUCUGAAGUUGACCCCAUUCGCUUCGUAGACAAUUGCUUUGCAUUUGAGACUGAUAAGACUGAAACGGAUAUGGUAGAUGAUCUUAGCUUAGAUACGGAUAAGUCCGAAUGUAUAGUUAACAUGAAAAAUAUGCCUAAGAGUGAUGUAGAUACCAAAAUUGAAUCUGACAAUUUGAAUAGUUUAGAUACACUGACAUCUCCGUGCAUUGUUAGUACAAAAAACCGAGAUGAGUCGCUGGACAUUAAAAGCAGAACAGAUACCACGAAUGACGCUUGUUUAGAUAUUGACGCAUUAGAUAGCCCGGAAGAUCAUUUAAGUCACUUAGAAGUCGAUGUCACUGUAGGUGAUAAUGUAAUCUUAAGACUAGAUAUGGCCAGCCAAACCUCCUGCGAUAUGGCCGAUGAACUAGAAGUAGAAGCUGACUCCACCAUUGCGUUUAGUUUGAGCGAAAUCACAUAUAACUUUAUCAAUGAAAUUCUCUUCUCAGAUCAAUUAGGUUCUGAGUCCAUUGAAAGUGACGAGAGUGAACCCUCCACCGCCUGCGAGACAUUCAACGCAGAUGGUGACUCUGAUCAGGAGUUUGUUAGCCAGAGGGUCUUAGUCCUAGACGAUCAGCGAUCCCUUAGUACUAACACAAGCUCUAACAACAAUGUGCACACCCACCUGCAUCUUCCUCUAACCCAAACUAACAACCCGACCUCGGGAAGCAGACGCACCAAUGGAAAACUAACAAAUGGUUCCCUUCGAUGGUCGGGUAGCCAUGCCACCGAGCUCCCAAACGGUGGAUCCUCGGGUGCCCAACCAGACGACGUUGCCGAUGACGAUGUUGUACUGUUGCGGCGCUUCGUGCCAGGUUCCAUUGCGGAACGCGAGGUGAAGAAGUGGUACAACGCCGUUGAGAUGCCAAAUAAUCCGUACUCCCCGGAGGCCCUGAAGCAGCGCAUCAGUGGCACCCAGGAGCGCUACAUGGAUGUGCCCAACAUCAGUCCGAGUGCUGAGCAAAAGGCACUGGCAUCGGCGAUGACGGAAAAUCCGGAUCCGCCAGCGCCCAAAGCGGAUUAUAAGCGCUAUAGCCGCGACUACUACAUCAACAAUGCUCCCACAUCCCCUGACAGCACGGGGAGUGGAAAGGCCGCCACGACCAGCGCAGCCGAGGAUGUGGAGGACAUCGUGAUCAACGAGGUAAAUCAAGAACCAGAACCACAUCCACCGCAUGGCCGCAUUUCAAGUGGCGCUCAGAGCACCGCUGCCGACCUCUCUCAUUGGACCCUAUCCACGCCAGUGCGACGCAGUAGCUCACUAAAGUUCAUUAACAGCCGCCCCUUCCACUCCCCCUCCCCCUCGCUGGGCUACGAGAGAUCGGUGCCCCUCGAGAGACCUUCGACCUCGGCGUCCCAUUACCGCGAAUCGAGUUUGGGUUUGGGUGACGACGACGACUUUGACAUGAGAUCACAGCGCUCCUGGCGCAGCAGCUACAGUUCUCUGCCCAAGCGACACACGCAGUCCUCGCUGAGCCUGCACAGCAAUGGUAGCGGGGUGUCCUUCGGCUCGUCCGUGUCCAAGAGACGUCCAGCGGCAGGUGGGCCCUCCGCCGGCGUGCUCACCCAGUUCGAAAAGCAGCUGCUGCACAAGGACCUCAAGCGGAAUAGCUUCCGGGCGGUGUCCGCCACGUCCAAGGACUUUGUCAUGAAUCCGCUCUUCGAGAGCGAGCCGCUGGGCGGGAAGACGGCCCUGCGGCCGGAGACGGAGGACCAGGGCGACUCAGGGGUGGACAGCUGCUUGAACGGCUUCAGCGGUGCGGACGCCAAGUACAGCAACAAUAGUCUGCUAUUCUAGGAACUCUUGGAAUCGUUUGGGUCUUAGACCCCACGGAUAUUUGCCAAAUUACGCAUAGCUUAGUCAAACAAACAGAUGUUAAACACUAGUCAGUAUAGCAAAGCCAAUUUCUCUGUACAUAGCAAAUAGAAUGGGCAUCGGUGGGAAUAGAAAUUACAAAAUUACAACCAUACUGAAACACGGGAAAUGAGGCAGGCACAGAAUCUCCCGCACUGGAGGGGCAACCGAUUCCUACCUUUCCACUGCACCAGCACCUGUUGCACCAACCACGCCACGCGAAUGAGAGGGUCGAGCUAGUGUUCUGAUCGUAGCUUUAGUUAAUACCACUUACGUAAUGCUAAUGCCCUAGAGUAUGCAACGUUUGUUUUUAAUCAUUAUACUUGCUGUUAAUUUUAUGAAAUAAUAUGAUAAAUCCUGUACCGUAUCUGUAUGCACACCGCUAACGCUCUUUCCAACGAAACACCAUACACAUAUGCCUAGCGAUAUCUAGAAAUCUAUAAUGCAGUAAUUCCAAAUAAAGCCAAACAAUAAACCAA